CUCUUAGAGCAAAAUAAAAAAUUUGAAAGAAUCAAACAACGGAUAACACCGGAAAACCAUUAUUUGCCCUCCAAAAAUAUCCAUUCACGACCUGAAAAACUGUCGUUUCUACUUCACAAAAAUUAGUUGUGAGAGAAAUUCAAUCCCUUAUUGAAUUCCUCUUCCAUGGCGAGGAUCCUGAUUUCCUCGCCCUCUUUCUUCGGAACUCGCUUUCCCUCACUUUCCCGCCAUGGAAUGAUUCCCUCUACCAGGCGCAUCAGCACCGGAGUGAGCUUCAGCCUCCAUCAGCUGCCGCCUACCGACCACUUCAGUGCGAUUGUUCAGAGAACUGAGACCUUGCUCUUCACGCUCGCCGUCGCCCUUGACGGAGGCGCUGGGUCGUCCUACUCGGCCACUGCUGCCGCCGCCCAGAAGAGCGGAGGAUGGUUCGGCUUUAUUUCGGACGCCAUGGAAGUUGUGCUCAAGAUACUUAAGGAUGGACUUGCAACUGUUCAUGUUCCGUACGCAUAUGGAUUUGCCAUAAUACUACUGACCGUUAUUGUUAAAGUUGCCACACUCCCUUUAACAAAGCAACAGGUUGAGUCUACACUAGCAAUGCAGAAUCUUCAACCAAAGAUAAAAGCAAUCCAACAAAGAUAUGCUGGAAAUCAGGAAAGAAUACAACUCGAAACUUCUCGUUUAUACAAACAAGCAGGGGUUAAUCCUCUAGCAGGAUGUUUACCAACCUUGGCUACAAUACCAGUCUGGAUAGGUUUAUAUCAAGCUCUUUCAAAUGUAGCAAAUGAGGGACUGCUGACUGAAGGGUUCUUUUGGAUUCCUUCUUUGGGAGGACCCACAACCAUAGCUGCUCGACAAAGCGGAGCAGGAAUUUCCUGGUUGUUUCCAUUUGUGGAUGGACAUCCACCACUUGGUUGGCAAGACACUGCUGCUUACCUUGUUUUACCUGUUCUACUUGUUGUAUCACAGUUUGUCUCCAUGGAAAUAAUGAAGCCUCCACAAACAGAUGAUCCAAAUCAAAAGAACACACUUCUUGUAUUAAAGUUUCUUCCCCUCAUGAUUGGCUACUUUUCGUUAUCUGUUCCAUCUGGAUUGUCAAUAUACUGGUUCACAAAUAAUGUGCUUAGCACAGCACAACAAGUAUGGCUACGCAAAUUGGGAGGAGCGAAGCCUGUUGUGGCUGAGAAUGCCGGUGGGAUAAUCAGUGCUGGACGUGCAAAACGGUCAGGUGCUCAGCAGGAACGAAUGGGUGAAAGAUUCAAGCAGCUUAAAGAGGCAGACAAGAAGCAAAAGCCUAGUGCUCUGCCUGCAGAUGAUUUCUUGGUGUCAGAUCCAGGUGAUCCUGACUCUGAAGAUGAAUCUGACAAUGAUGAUACUGAACUGAAGGAUAAGGAAGUUCUUGAAGAGGCAUAUGCAUCUAGUAGUGCAAAAACAGUUCCUUCAGCACCUAGGAGAAGUAAGCGAUCAAAGCGAAAGCGUACGGUAUGAUCCUAUAAAUUUUGUAGUUACAAUGAAUUUUGUAUAUUGUUUGAAAUUUGAAAUUAAUAUAUAGUGGCCAUUUUCUUUCGGGUGAAUAGUUUAAGGUCCACGAUAUCAUUAAUGUCAUAUUUUGUUAGGUUGAGAUUGGUUGUGGCCUGUAAUGUGAACUGGUCAUUCAGCCUUCAACUGUAUAAGUUGUGCAUAUCAGAAGUUAUAUCUUACAGAUGCAAAAAAUCAUGAAUAGUAUUUCAUUUUUUUA